AUGUCAAUGAAAUUGAGAGAUAUUCUACCAGCUCCUGUAGCUGGAGAUGAAGCGGCGUCACAGAUUCGUCGAGAUCCGUGGUUUGGUGGACGAGGAGAGGAACCAUCCACAGCACUCGUUUCGAAAGAACCACCACCGUACGGAAAACGAAGUAAUUUUAGGCCGAGAGGGCAGGAGGAUUUUGGUGACGGAGGUGCCUUCCCUGAAGUUCAUGUUGCUCAAUUCCCUCUAGGAUUGGGUCUGGGAGAUAUGAAGGGAAAACCGGAAAACACUCUCGCAUUGCAAUACGGAUCAGAUGGAAAACUUCAACACGAUGCUAUUGCUCGCAUCGGGCAUGCUAAAGAUAAGGUUGUAUAUUCAAAAUUGAAUGAUAUGAAAGCAAAAACAUGGAACGAAGAUGACGAUGAUAUUCAAAAGCCAGAUGACGAUGCAGUGAUUGACGCAACUGAGAAAACCCGUUUAGCUCUUGAGAAAAUUGUCAAUUCGAAAGUGGCAUCCGCUCUUCCGGUUCGACACGCUGAGAAGCUUGCACCAGCUCAAUAUAUCAGAUACACACCAAGUCAGCAGAAUGGCGCCGCAGGAUCACAGCAAAGAAUCAUCAGAAUGGUCGAGGAACAGAAAGAUCCGAUGGAGCCGCCAAAGUUCAAAAUUAAUCAGAAAAUUCCGAGAGCUCCACCAUCACCACCAGCGCCUGUUAUGCAUUCUCCGCCCAGAAAGAUGACGACGAAAGAUCAAAAUGACUGGAAGAUCCCUCCUUGUAUUUCAAACUGGAAAAAUCCAAAAGGAUUCACAGUAGGAUUGGACAAAAGGUUGGCAGCUGAUGGUCGUGGUCUCCAACAAACACAUAUUAACGAGAAUUUCGCUAAACUCUCUGAUGCUCUCAACAUUGCUGGCAGAAAAGCUCGUGAAGAAGUGGAAACUCGCGCUCAACUCGAGAGACGUGUGGCUCAGAACAAGAAAGCUGAACAAGAAGAGAAAAUGGCAGAGGCUGCAGCAAAAGCUCGACAGGAACGGUCAGCGAUCCGCAGGAAAGAUGACGAGGAUAACGAGGAAGUCAAAGUACGCGAAGAAAUUCGUCGUGAUCGUAUGGACGACAUUCGCAAGGAGCGCAACAUUGCUCGUUCUCGUCCUGACAAGGCAGAUAAGCUUCGGAAAGAGAGAGAAAGAGAUAUCUCUGAAAAAAUCGUUCUCGGACUGCCUGAUACUAACCCGAAACGGACUGGUGAGCCACAGUUCGAUCAACGACUGUUCGACAAAACCAAGGGACUUGAUAGUGGAGCUAUGGAUGAUGACACAUACAAUCCAUAUGAUAAAGCUUGGCGCGGAGGGGAUAAUGUACAACAGCACGUUUAUCGGCCGAGCAAAAACAUUGACAAGGACGUUUAUGGCGACGAUUUGGACAAGAUCAUGAGUCAAAAAAGAUUUGUUGCCGACAAAGGAUUCUCUGGCGCCGAGGGUUCGAGUCGUGGAGCAGGACCAGUUCAGUUCGAGAAGGAUCAAGACGUCUUCGGAUUGUCCUCACUCUUCGACAACACAAAGGACAAAAAGCGCGGUGGAGAUGGAGGCGAUUCGCGAGACGAUUCGAAGAGAUCCCGACGCGAUUGA